AAGUUAAAUUCAAGGGAAAUUGGCGAGAGUCGCGGGUCCUCUCGUAGGAGCAAGUUGCUCGAAAACUUGCAACGGGGGAGAAUAUCGAAGGGCCAUCGCUAGUCGGUUUGGUGGGAGAAGUAGAGCACAUCGGUACACCAGGGUGAGAGACAGCGAGUUCAGGAGAACGCGCAGCCGCAAAAGAGCAGGGUGGGAAGGCUGAUAGUUCGGAGGUCUUUCAGGGGUGGUCUGUCAGUUUACCGGAUGACCGCGUGAGCGCGCUGCCGCGCAAGACCAACCCUCUAUUCGCGCUACAUCCGGCGAACGUGACUGAUCGUGUUCGAUUCGCUACCGUUGCAAAACAUUCGCGUUUUCUUCGCCCGGGCCGAUCGUACGUGAUCGCACGCCGUACGUACGUUCCUCACUCCGUCGCACGUUUCCCCAUCCAUCGUCCCGGUUCGUCUUUUCCCUGUCGUUCGUUCACAUGCUUAUUCAUCAACGUGGUACUUUCGACGGGCUUGGAAAGUCACCACCUAUCGACCGCCGUCACUGACCGGUCCGUCUUUCGCUCUUUCCCUCAUUCUCUCAACACCACAUCGCAUCGACGUACGUGUUCUCACUCCGCUACACUUUGGAUCCUGUUCGUUCUCGAUCCGAUCGAGCCGUUCUCAUCUUGCGCGACUCUGUGACUCUGCGCAGUUUUCGUGACCGUAAACCCAUUCGGAGAGCAAGAAGAGUAUCACGCUGCAUCGCCUCUACCGAGUAGAAUAAAUUCGUUGAUAAAAAAAAAAAAAGAAAAAGGAAGAGAAAAAGUAAAGAAAAACGAGAAAAAGAGAGAGAAAGGAAACUCGGGAAGAAGGCCAAAGAAGAAAGAGAGAAAGAGUGACAGAGUGAAAGAGAGAAGGAUAGAAGAAGAGAAAGAGAAAGGGAGGAAGAGGAGGAGGAGGAGGAGGAGGAGAGAGGGAGGGGGAGAGAGAAGGGGAGAUUCCUCGCGCAGAAUAGUGUGUAGUGUAUUCUUGGUGGAUGGUAUCGCAAGGAUCGGUAGCUGGUUCGUGAUGGGGGUGGCAACCAGUUUAUCAGACGUAGUCACUACAAGAAGUCCGCCAGGAAGAUAAUGCAGAUAAAUGCCUCCGGAGGGAAGAGCGGACAAGUAACAGAGGAUUACAUGUUGUCAGAUUCUCUAAUCGGGCCUAGUGGCUGGUUCAGUGAUGGAGAUCGGCGACGCGCGACCGUGAACAACUGUGAAGAUUUGAAACCACGUUUCUCAAAGUUAUAAUCAUCGCCCAAAACUGUCCGCUGCUGCGCACGAGAAGAAAGUCCAAAAAGUCCCUAUUUUUAUCGCUUUUCCUUCGGAAGCUCGCCCCUUUGCCAAUUCGAAAUCGUAGACUAUCGCCAAGAAAAGAAAUCAGAUCCGAUCGAAGCGAGAUCCUGCAGUCACGGGACUUUGCCUCGGUGAAAGCAUCUCGGCGAGCGAGAAGAUGGAAGCCAAGCCGCAAGCGUGGAAGCAACGACGAAGGCAGCAGCAGUGUCAGCGACAGCAGCAGCUAAGGCGGCACCAAUGGCAUCGUCAACAGCAGCUAACCAGAAAACGGAAAUAUGUGGAACGCUUGAACAUUAGGAGAACAUCCCUCGGUGAAUGGUGAACCGGGGGACGGUGUGACGCUCUGUUCGGUGGUAAACGAGAGAAAAGAACACCGUGAGAACACCGCGCGAGAUGAAACACAAAUAUCGUCGAUCGCGGGAAUGAAAUCGCGCGUUUGCACGAUCCCGUUGGCCGCGCGAGCACCCUCGAUACCCGAGACUCCAACGGUGGACCUAACGUUAUCGAAGAACGGCGACGACUCUUUCCAAAGAGAAUAAAAAGAAGAGAGAGAGAGAGAGAGAGAGAAAGAUAAGGGGGUAAAAAUGAAAGCAUGGCCGUUCGACACAGUCAAUUAAGUCGCCUCGAUUGCAAUUAAAUUUAAGCAGCGGCAAAAAGCGAUCUGCUUUCAAUGCACACGCGCACAAUGAGAUAGUACGAACCGGUGGCGCAAGGAUUACCGCCAACGAGAGUAAUCGGUAGCCGGGUAAUAAAGCCAAUUAAAAAGUGUCAAUCAGUAAUCGAUAGAUCUCGUCGUGUCUCGCCUUUCUAACAAACACACACACACACACACACACACAAACACACACACAAUCUCGGGAGGGGAGAGAUAUAUUCGCGCGACGGCCGAAGAAGAAAAAGAAGAAGAAGAAGAAGUAGUCGCGGGAUAUGGCUGAAACGGUCGUACCAAGCCGACGUUGGCGGCCCGGUCUCUUGACGGCCGCUUACAUUUGCGCGUUCGUUCUGUGGAUCGACGGGACGAUCGGCUGCGCCGGCCAGAGGCCGAUCAAUAUAGGCAGCACGAAGAAACGGGACGUUUACAUCGCCGGAUUCUUUCCGUACGGCAGCCACGUGCCCGAGAGCCACAUCGGACGUGGCGUCAUGCCUUCGGUCAAGCUCGCCGUUGACCACAUCAACGAGGAUCGCAGCGUCCUCAGGAACUAUCGGCUGCACAUGUGGUGGAACGACACGGAGUGCAACGCCGCCGUUGGCGUGAAGGCGUUCUUCGACAUGAUGCACAGCGGGCCGCACAAGGUGAUGCUAUUCGGAGCAGCUUGCACACACGUCACAGAUCCCAUCGCCAAAGCAUCGAAACACUGGCGUCUCACGCAGCUUAGCUACGCAGACACGCACCCGAUGUUCACCAGCGACAGCUUUCCAAAUUUCUUUAGGGUGGUGCCUUCGGAGAACGCGUUCAACGCGCCGCGCGUGGCGCUUCUGAUGCACUUCAAUUGGACCCGGGUCGGUACCAUUUAUCAGAACGAGCCGAGAUACGCUCUGGCACACAAUCGGUUGGUCGCCGAUCUGGACGACUACAGGAUGGAAGUGGUGGAGACGCAAAGCUUCGCCACGGAAGUGACGUCGGCCCUCGAGAAGCUGAAGGAGAAAGACGUUCGAAUAAUCUUGGGGAAUUUCAACGAAGCGUGGGCUAGGCGAAUAUUCUGCGAAGCGCAUAAAUUCGGUAUGUUCGGAAGGAAAUAUCAAUGGGUAAUCAUGGGAACGUACGCGGAGGAAUGGUGGCUGCGUCCCGGGGGCGGAUGCGAGCCGAUUCAGCUGGCGCAAGCUCUGCACGGCGCUAUAUUAACCGACCUGCUGCCGAUCACGACGGAGAAACGGAAGACGAUAGCCGGGAUCACAACCGAGCAGUACCAGGUCGAGUACGACUCGAGACGUGGCAAGGAGUAUUCGAGAUUCCACGGGUACACGUACGACGGUAUAUGGGCGGUCGCUCUGGCUAUACAACGGGUGGCGAGCAAGAUAACGCACCACCGUCGCGAUCAGACGAUAUCGGAUUUUAGGUACAGGGACGAGCUUUGGGAGUGUCUGUUCCUCGAGGCUCUUCGGAACACCAGCUUCGAGGGCGUCACGGGGCCGGUACGUUUCUACGAUAACGAAAGGAAAGCAUACAUUCUGCUGAAACAGUUUCAAAGCGACAGGGAGGUGAAGGUCGGCGAGUUCAAUGGCGUGACCGGGGUGUUAAACCUGACCAAGGGUGAGCCCCUGGUCUGGGGAGGAAGAUCACCGCCGAAAGAUCGAACGCUUCAUAUCAUCGAGCACACGACCGUAAAUAUUACGAUUUACGCGAUACUCACCUCCGCGGCUAGCGUGGGUAUCACAAUGGCGGCCAUUUUUCUCGCCAUCAAUAUCAAAUACAGAAAUCAAAGAUACAUAAAAAUGUCAUCGCCGCAUUUAAACAACCUCAUAAUCGUCGGAUGCAUGCUGACCUACAGCAGUGUAAUUUUCCUUGGGUUAGAUUCGCAGCUGUCCAGCGUAACGGCAUUUCCCUACAUAUGCACCGCCAGAGCAUGGCUAUUGAUGGCUGGCUUCUCCUUGGCCUUUGGUUCCAUGUUCUCGAAAACAUGGCGCGUACACUCGAUUUUCACCGACGUUAAAUUGAACAAGAAGGUGAUUAAGGAUUACCAGCUGUUCAUGGUGGUCGGUGUGUUAUUGGUUAUCGAUUUGGGGAUUAUGACGACCUGGCAGGUUGCGGAUCCAUUUUACCGGGAGACGAAACAAAUGGAACCCUAUCCCCAUCCUUCCAGCGACGAUAUCAUCAUAAUACCGGAGAACGAGUACUGUCAAAGUAAUCGAAUGACCAUUUACUUAGGGUGUAUAUACGCGUACAAGGGUCUCUUGAUGAUAUUCGGUGCUUUUUUGGCAUGGGAGACCAGGCACGUUAGUAUCCCAGCGUUAAACGACAGUAAAUACGUGGGAAUGAGCGUGUACAACGUGGUGAUCAUGUGCGUUACCGGAGCGGCCAUAAGCUUCGUGCUAGCUGACAAACAGGAUGCCAUGUUCAUUAUGCUGGCGAUAUUCAUAAUAUUCUGCAGCACCGCCACUCUGUGCUUGGUUUUCGUGCCGAAGCUGAUAGAAUUGCGAAGGAAUCCCCAGGGCGCGAUAGAUAAGCGAAUCAGAGCCACGCUCAGGCCAAUGUCGAAGACGCGAAGGGACUCGAGCAUCAGCGAGUUAGAGGAACGCCUGAAAGAGGCAACGCUCGCGAAUCAAAAGUUCCGCAAGCAGCUAUUGGAGAAGGAUUCGGAGCUUCAGAUGUUUCUGAGAAGGCUGGACGAUCAGACUGCGCCGAACACGCAAGAGGAGAUGGACAGGCUGACCGUUCCGCGCCAAGAGGGAACAAUGAUGAAGAAAGAAGGUCUGUCUGUUACGACAGAGACAACGGACAUCUCGAUGUCGAUGUGCAGCCUGAACUCCACGACCACGUCUCAACCGGAGGCCGGGGAUUACACGAGUUCAGCCGCGACCGAACAACACACCGCCAAGAAAAAGACGUCGUUUUCCAAGGUGCCAGCGAUCGCGAUCGACAGCGAACGAGUUCCACUCGUCCCCCAGAGGCAAGAGACAGGGAAAGGUGCCUUGGACAGCACAUCCUCGGUUCCACCUUCGGCUUUGAAACACACGGACGACUCUGGCCGUAGGAGAAGUCGUUCGUCCGGACCUGGCAGAGAAACCGAGCCUCUUCUCACCGAGAGAAGUCCGGAUACCGCCGGCAAAACGAACGUGGAAUUCGUGCCGGAGAUUGUCGAGGAAGUGGACGCUGUUAUUCUCGAGGAGACCGAGAUACCCAGGCACGGGAAGUCGAUCAGAUGCAAGGACGAUCGUAGGUCCAGGCUGCCGACACCUCCGCCAGCGAAAAACGUCUCGUUCGGCGAACUUCACGAGCAGAACUACCUCGAACAGGCGAUUCUGCCUCCUCCGUUGCAAUUCGUGCCCAAACAUCGACACUCCGUUUCAGCGACGAACGCGUCCGCGCAUCAUUCGCUGAAGAGGAGAUCAUCCGUGAAGAACAACGGGAUGGCUCAUUCCCAUCACGAGUUGUUUCAAACACGGAGGACCAGCGUGCCGGCCAAUUGCAUCAGCUACAUCUCGACCGAGAACGUAUCGAAAUCCGAGGCGGCGGAGAUCUCGUUGAACUCUGGCCUUGAUAAAUCUUACGUGAUCGGCGAGUGUGGCCAUCGUCGUGCGUUACUCUCCGGUACUGGUUAUCGCUGCGAGAAACACGGCGGACGGGGACAUUCGCGGGCGAUGUUGAACGGCUCGGCGGAAACGCCGCCGCCGCCACGGAGGCACAGGAAACAGUACGAUUCCCAAAACGCGAGUUCGCCGAGCGUGCCCGCUAUAGUCAACGCGAGUUACUCUGAUACCGAGAAAUACGAGGAAUCGAUGUCGACGAUCAUCCAGCGAUCAGUGUCGGAGAGAUCGCGAGAGAAGUGUCCGCGGUUACGGAGCGAGGGCCACGCGAUGAUCGAGUGUCCGCAUCGCACCCGCCGGAUACGGGAGUGCAGACACACGGAGUCGAAGCUGCGGCAGCAGGCACGGCUGGAAUACGUGCAGAGCACGCCGAACGUCGCCACCAUUCACAACAACAAAUUCGCGAGCGCGAAUCCGCGAGGUGGUGGCGGUGCCGGCGGCGCUGGCGGCGGCGCGACCGGAAGUGCGAACGGGCCAGGGACAGCCAGUUCCGUGACCGGUAGCAGUUCGGACGUUGUCGGUGGUUCGGCCGCGAACGUUUCGAAGAUGUACAGCGCCGUGUCGGACGGCGAGCUGCUGGAUCUGGCGAUCCUGCCGAUCUUUCAGAAGCUGCUCACCGAGAGGCACAAGAGUUCCUCGAGGGCCGGCUACGGGGCGAGUGUGGCCAGCUGUCCGAAUAUAUCUAUCAAAUGCGACAUCGUUGAAUACCUUUAACGAUCUUCCAACGAGUUCUAGUUUCGAAUUUCGCCUGAAAUCGAUCGAUCUCUUUCUCUGUCACUUUUCUCCCUUCUCUCUCUCUCUCUCUCUCUCUCUCUC